AUGCCGAAAUCAAAAAGGGAUAAGAAAGUGUCUUUGACAAAAACAAACAAAAAAGGUUUAGUGCAUAAACAGAAGAUUGUAGAAGAAAUUAGGAAUUCACUUUCUAAAUAUGAGCACAUAUUUUUGUUCACUGUUGACAACAUGCGCAACACAAAAUUAAAAGACUUGCGCAAUGAAUGGAAAGACUCAAGAUUCUUUUUUGGUAAAAAUAAAGUAAUGGCUGUAGCACUUGGAAGAUCGAAAAGUGAUGAAGUAGAAGACCAGUUGAACCUCUUAUCAAAACGAUUAAAAGGACAGUGUGGGCUUCUAAUGACAAACAAAGAUGUGCCUGAAGUAUUACAAUGGUUCAAAAGCUUCAGUGAUGCAGAGUAUGCCCGAGCAGGAUUUGUAGCCACUAAAGAUGUAAUACUGCCAGUAGGGCCGCUGCCUGACUUCUCACACACAAUGGAGCCUCAUCUAAGAAAACUUGGUCUCCCCACGUCGUUAGAAAGAGGUGUCAUAAAUGUUAUUAAGGAAUAUCAGGUUUGCAAAAAAGGAGUACCUCUAACACCAGAACAAGCAAGUAUAUUGAAGCUAUUAGGAAUACAAAUGGCAGACUUUAAAGUGGUUAUAAAGUGCCACUGGACUAAAGGGAAGGGUUUCCAUAAGGACCUGGACAUACCUAGUGAUGAUGAAGGUGACAAUGAUGAUGACAAUGCAGAAGAAGAUGCCAUGGAAGCAGAUGAAACAUAG